ACUAACGGUUGCUGUUUCCUCUUCCCCAUCAAUUGUCCUGUUGACGCUUGCUGGACAACAUCAGCACCUUCACGAGGGUCCGAGUGCGGUUCGGUGGCUCGCGGAUGCUAUAACCGGCUCGCUAGUUUAAAUGGGUUUAUCGGUCAAAAGAUGAUCGCCUCACUUUCCAGAGGAAGUUUGCUGGACGAGGUUCUGCAUGGCAGCUUCAACGAGCAACAGUUGUCAGCCUAUGUGUCCUGGGUGAACUCUCAGCUGAGGAGGAAACCAGGCAUCAAACCCAUCGCCAACCUCAGGAACGACCUGCAAGAUGGAGUAGUUCUCACUCAGCUGAUAGAGAUUGUUGCUGGGGAAGUACUUGAGGAUGUGUACGUGUCACCACAGAACAAAGAGGAAAGCAGAAAGAAUGUAGAAAAAGUCUUGCAGUUCAUUUCCUCUCGACGCAUUCGGAUGCCUCACAUAUCCGCUAAAGAUAUCGUCGAUGGCAAUCUGAAGUCUGUAAUGAGAAUCAUUUUGGCUCUUGCUGCCCACUUCAAACCCUCAGCCAACCACAAGACCUCUGCUGAAAAGGGGAGAGGCUCUAAAGGUUCCUCCAACCACAACCCCCUCUCCACUGUUGCUCUUGCACAAACCGCAGCUGCUGAACUCGCAACAGCAAGGCAUGACGCGUCAAGGUCCUCGACACGUUUCCAUGGUGGCUGGGGCUCCAUCAGAGAGAGGAGCGUGUGUGUGCGCGCUCUGGUCAAGCAGUAUGAGAGGAAAAACCCAGAUGAAGACGACAGUACUCACUCUAGCAGCCUCAGCUCCGUCAGUCCGCUGCCAUCUCCGAAAGCGCUCCCCAGCCAAACCUCAGACCAACCUGGAGAAGACCACCGCAGCCAACAGGAGACAGCAGUGGAAGCAGAUCAGCAUCUAACUGUGGAGACAGAAUGGGAGGAUGAGAUCAGCGAAACUCUGGAGAAGGAAGUGCAAGAGACACGUAAAAUGGUGUCUGCUCUACAGGCUCUGCUUCUGAAUGGAUCUUUGCCGGAGGAUGAGCAGGACGCGUCGCUGACUCUGGAUCAGGGAAACGCUGAUCAGCAGCUGAUUGUCAUUCGAGGGCGUCUGGAUCAGAGUAUGGAAGAAGCUCGGGAGCUGAGGAGGGAACUGCUGCGCUGUAAGCAGGACGUAAGAAACCUGCAGGCAGUCAAGGACGCCCAGCAGCAGCGGCUGUGCACUCAGGAGGCGUCGAUUCUUCAGAUGAAGCAGGAUCUUCUCCGAGCUGGAAUGACCAAAGAUGAGCUCAACAAUAAGAAUUCUGAGCUGCAGUGGAAACUGGACGAGUGCACCAGACUGUGGAACGAUUGCAAGAAAGAGGUCGGACAAAGAGACAGACUGCUGCAGCAACUCAAACAGAAGCUGGAUGAAAGUCAUAAACAGCAGAAUGAGUUGAAAGACGAGCUGCAGCAUAAAAGCAACUUGCUGGAGGAGAUGAUGACCAGAGACAUACAACACGUCUCCACCUACAGAGAAAACAAUGGUUAUUGUAGCUCUGGAAAUUCUACUCCAUCAAUGUCUAGUGGAGAGGAGGUUCAUCUGCUCAGAGAUUCACUGAGGAGUUUGAGGAACACCUUCAGAGAUCACGACCCGCAGCAGCAUACGCUGGACACCCUUGAGCAAGGCAUUGUGUCGCUCAUCGACAGGCUUCAUGUUCUACAUACGCACAGGGGCAGGGGGAAAUCUCCAAGACGAAAAGUUCAGAGCACGGAGUCGGACACUUGGUCUUCUAAAAAAGUUGGACCGGCUCACAGCACUUUCACGUCUUCGACUAAGAUCCUCUAUUUCACUGGAAAUUCCCCGACGCCCUCCAUGAUCACUAUUCCCAAGAAGUUGGGUGAAGUGACUCUGAAGGAUGUGAAGGCAGCUGUUGACCGAGAGGGAAACUACAGGUACCACUUUAAAGCUCUGGACCCGGAGUUUGGCACAGUGAAAGAAGAGGUUUUCCUGGAUGGAGCGAUUGUUCCUGGUUGGGAAGGAAAGAUCGUUGCCUGGGUGGAGGAGGACCGCGGUGAAGAAAGGCCACUGUAGUAUGGAUGAGAAGAAAAGUGCCAUGACCCCUCUGAUCCCAACAUGGCUGCCGGCCAAAUCCCACCAACUGUGCACAAGUUGUUAGAGAUCCACCGAUGCUGGUUUCCAUGCGAUGAUGACAUCACAUCUUACAUUCUCUGUGCCUUAUAUGUAAUGACGUGCUAAAUACUAGAUGGGGAACCAUGUGUCAUCAGUUUUGUCCUAAAUUCUCUGAAAAUAUUUCCAUGACGGUUCUUAUUUAGUAGAAAUACCUUUGUCUAAAAGAGUGUCAUGUUUGUGGUCACUGUUUAACUUGCAUUUCUUUACCUAAGGAUGAUCAGUAUUAUGAACAACUGCAGUAAAAACAAGUAUGUUGCCUUGUUAGAAACACCCUGUUUUCAAGUAUGGUGAUGGCGGUAAGUUUUGUUCACUGUAAAAAAAAUAUUUUUAUAUUCAAAAGAGUCUUCAUAUCAUGUACAAGUUUGCAAUAUGUUCAGGUGUCUUGUGCUUUUUCUCCUCUUUGAAGAUACGGCGGAUGUUUUUUAAAAGAGUUUUGUGUUGUGUUUGUAUGUAUUUGUGUGUUAGCGUACCUGACCUGCUGUUACAGUGUGAGUAACUAUAACUACUACAAGAUGCAGAUGCCCAAUUGUCAUGUUGGGGAUCAGGAGGUUUGAACUUGACUGUUCAUAUUGGAUCCAUUUGUUGUGAUCUAACAAGCCAAUAGACAUAUGUAGCAGUCUAAUGAUGAUGUGACAAACAUGUUUUUCUUUUGAAUAAAUGGUUUUAAUCUAUUCAAGAUAACGUCUUGUAGAAAACGUCGUCUAGAUUUUUAUUUUGUUUAUGAUUCUAGUUUCUCUAUUUCUGAUUUCGGAGGUAAUGAAUAUAUCAUAUUUAUGUAGUCAUUUCUAUGA